AUGACCUCAAACCCGAGGUUGUGUAACGAUCAUAUGAAUGUGAGACACAAAUACUACUUAUCAAAGUACAUAUUCUCAAUUAAUCAACGAAUUGUUUGUGAUUUACCUAUGCAGUGGAUGUUCUUGAAAGCGCUGCAAUCGACAUGUAAAAAACUACUGAAUUUCAUUGACGAAAACUGGAAACUGAACGAAGUGCACAUUCAUUUGGAUUAUCAUAAAGUCAAAGUUCGAAUCCUUUCUUUUGGUGGAAAAGAAGAACUCGAGUUCACCGAUAGAAAAGGAAAACUCCAAGAUGACGACCAGGAAUCGAAUUCAUCGCACAAAUUUUUUCUCCAGGAAACCGCCGACAAGUUCGAGCAGACUAUCCAAGACACAAAGACACAAUUGGGAAAGCUGUUUAUCAUCUCCACUAACGAAAAUGACAUGGCAAAAAAAAAAACAAGAAAAACUUCUGCAUCUUAUUUUUGA